AUGGCACAGUUAACAUUGCCUGCUAAUCAACGUCGUCAAACAAAAAUCCAACGAGGCAACAUUUCAAAUGGGACCCUCCUUAUGCUUUGUUCGGCAGUAGGAUGCCUUUGUCUACUACAAAAUGUGCUUCUUGCCUUGACUCAAGGAGGACAUGUGAAUGAAGAGUACAGCAGCAGCACGAGGAGGGGCAGUCACAGCAAUGCCAAUGACCUUUUGCCCAAAGUCACUUCCAGCUUGCCAUCAUUUGACUUUAUCCUGGCAAAUAUGGGCAAAAAUCCGGCAUUGCAACAGCAAGACCAAAAGAGCUUGACUUGUGAAUUCCGUGCAUAUGCCCCUACUCAGUAUUACAACAUGAAUACUACCAACCCUCCUUCCUUUUUGAAAGAUACAAACUAUGUCUUUGGAAAAUGGCCUGUCAUGUUGUUGCACUCUGCUGAAUAUGAACAUGCCAAAAUGUGUAUUGAUAAAACGGAAUGGUCAUCAAAGGAUCAACCUACAUAUAUUCAGUACUCGGAUGGAACCAAUCCAAGUGUCUUGUCCAUUGCAAGGCUCAAACAGGAGGCACCUCUGGUGGCCGCAAAUAUCUUGUACCAUCAUCCAAGCACAUCUUUCCUGGCCGCAGUCGCUAACAAGAGGUUUCCGCAGUGUGUCUAUAACGGGACUCCUCAGUUAGAAGGCUUUGACAACCUACGAACACUCCUCCUUUUGCUCGAUGAUCAAAUGCAAACAUUGGCUCAGGCCACCAUCCGUGUUCUCGUUGACCAUACAUGGGGGCUAAAAGAGUGGGUAUUGCAUGAGGUCAGUACGGAAUCUGAUCCGCCACUUGAACAGAUCAUUACCAUUCUUGAUGACCCCAGACUCUUUGUCUAUCAAGGACAGGUGCACACCAGCUUCAUCAGUCAUGAUUGGGGAUGGACUGAUCAGUACUUCAGCCCUGUCCAUAUUGAUUUCGAUCACCCUCGUCAUUUUCAUCAAAAUGACGACAGCCCACACAGCAAGUUUUGGGCUACUCUCCGGGCUUCAGAGACUGUCACAUUGGGAAAAGGACGCAACCAGGCCAUCUUGUAUGACCCAGAUGUUCCUUAUGCUCCAAAAAAAGCCAACCAAUUUCCAAAUUUGUUUGCUGUGUCCUGGGUGGACCCAGUUACAGUGCUCCCUGUUGUUGACACCCAUCCAACUGAUUAUGAAAAACAACAACGAAGACGGCUCAGGGAAAACAACAAGAAGGAAAAGGGUUUAACAGCAACAUACAGCACAGUGGGAACCACACAAGCACAUGGCACUAAUGGCAUGAUGAUCCGCUUGCCUUCGAUCCAGGAGGGGCAACCCUCAGAGUAUUUGGGUGUGGCACAUUUUCAUCGUCCCAAAAACUACAAUGUCAGCAUCUAUGCUCAGUUUGGUCAUCACUAUACACAUUGCUUCUACACCAUACAGCGAAAAUCUAUGACCAGUACUGACUUUCAAUUGACAGCCUUGUCUGCUGAGUUUGUCUUGCCAUCAGUUGACAGUAGCGGCAAGGCCCCAAAUGAAGAUGGAUGGACAAUGGAUGCUCAUAUCAUUCAAUUUGUUUCGUCACUUGAAUUUCUUGCUGAUACCAAUGAAUUGGUCAUUGCCUAUGGAAUCAAUGACUGUGAAGCUUCUAUUGCUGCCAUUACCUUGCAACAUGUCCGAGACAUGUUGAUUCCAGUGGAAGCUGGCCAGGAAAUUGGAGACUUUUUGCACCCAUUGGAGUCUUUCCCAAAUAGUCAAAAAUUCAAGCAUCUAUCCAGUCUAACGCCUUCAAAGGAGAGAGUGCUUGGUGGGGUGGACUAG